AUGGCUGCCCUCCCGCAGUAUGACUGGAUCAUCGCCUUGAUCAGCAUCGCCUUCUGCGGCAGCUCCUUCGGAAACGGCGCCAACGAUGUCGCCAACUCCUACGCCACUUCGGUGGCCGCCCGGACCCUGACCAUGCCCCAGGUCGGCUUUCUGUCCAUGUUCACCGAGUUCUUCGGCGCCGUCGUCCUCGGAUCCCGCGUCACCGGGACGAUCAAGAACAACAUCAUCGGCCUCGAUCGCUUCCGCGGAACUCCCUCGACCCUCAUACUGGGCAUGGGCUGUGCCGAGUUCGCCAGCGCCUUCUGGUUGCUUACUGCGACCAAGAUUGGGUACCCCGUCUCGACAACACAAACCAUUGUCGGCGCCCUGGUCGGCGUUGGUAUCGCUGCCGAGGCCGGCGUGUCCUGGGGCUGGAAGGACGGAAGUGUCUCCCAGGUCGCUGCGUCUUGGGUUGUUGCUCCGUUGAUUUCGGCAGUCUUCUCUGCUAUUCUCUUUGGAAGUCUCAAGUUCGCUGUUCUUGAGCGCAAGGAUCCCUUCGAGAAAGCCCUCAAGGCCAUCCCGUUCUACCUUGCAUUCACGGCCGGAGUCCUCGCUCUUUUCAUCACCGUCGAGGCCCCUGGCGCUCCAUCGCUUGAGGAGCUUGGUGCCGGCAUUGCAUGCGCGAUCGUGCUCGGUACUUUCUUCGGAGCUCUUAUUCUUGCAUACGUCUUCUUCUUGCCCUACGCUCACCGAAGGCUUGUGAAGAAAGACACCCGCAUCAGAUUCCGCCACGUCGUCCUCGGCCCCCUUUUGUGGAAGGAGAACCCCCCCAUCUUCUGGCCUGCGAAGGGCGACGAAGUGGUCAUCGAUUACUUCGCUCGAGAUGUGCCAGCCGCUGGUAAUGAAGACAUUGAAAAGCAAAAGACCGAGAACAGUGCCGACAAGGGAGAGAAGCUUGUCAACGAUACCCCGGCCCCCCUGUCGCUUGAGGACGUUGAGCGUGGCAAGACGGCAGUGCCGACGGGGCCUGAGCCCGAAGAACGGUUCCUUGCCCCGACUGCCCCCCUCCCCAUCCACAACCCUCAGCGGAUCUGGAGUUUCAUCAAGUAUUUCUUCCUGCAGGGUGUCACCCGGGACUGCGUUACGCAUGCGGACGCUCAGCUUGCCUCGGUUCACGACAAGGCCAAACAGUACGAUAACCGUGCGGAGCACCUGUUGACAUACGCUCAAGUCGCCAGCGCCAUGAUGAUGUCCAUCGCUCACGGUUCCAACGAUGUUGCCAACGCAGUCGGACCUUGGAUUGCCGCGUACCAAGUCUACAUGACUGGCGAAGUCACUGAGAAGGGAGAAAGCCCAAUUUGGAUUCUCGUUGUUGCUGGUUUCCUCCUCGGCGCUGGCUUCUGGUUUAUGGGCUACUCCAUUAUCAGAGCCAUGGGCAACAAGCUUUGCAAGAUGACGCCAUCAAGAGGAUUUUCGUGCGAGCUGGGUGCCGCAAUCACCGUUCUUCUUGCCAGCCGUCUUGGCCUCCCUGUCAGCACGACGCAAUGUUUGACUGGUAGUAUUGUCGGCGUUGCCCUGAUGAACUUGGACGUCCGCGCUGUCAACUGGCGCCAGGUUGCCUUUGUGUUCUCUGGUUGGUUCAUUACAUUGCCUUGCGCGGGCUUGAUUGGUGGCCUGUUGAUGGCAAUGUCUCUCAACACCCCUCAGUUCGGCCAGGGUUAA